AGUGACAGCUGUCCAAUAGGCACUCUCAGUGCUAGCACGGUUUGCGGCUUAAGCACUGCCGCGGUCUGAGGAAUGUCAACUAUUCAACAUGGAGGCGGAGGUCGAUAAGCUGGAACUGAUGUUCCAGAAAGCUGACUCUGAUCUGGAUUACAUUCAAUACAGGCUGGAAUAUGAAAUCAAGACUAAUCAUCCUGAUACAGCAGGCAAGAGAAAUCCAGUUACACUCUUAAAGGAAUUGUCAGCAAUAAAGUCUCGAUAUCAAACUUUGUAUGCCCGCUUUAAACCGAUUGGUAUAGAACAGAAAGAGAGUAAGAACCGCAUUUGUGCUACUGUCAAUAAGACGAUGACCAUGAUACAAGAACUACAAAAGGAAACAGAUGUGGAGCUGUCACCACUGACUAAAGAAGAGGAAACUGCAGCAGAGCAAUUAAAAUCUUUUGUUCAGACUUAUGAAGAAGUGGACUUGCAAAAGGGAAUUCUAAUGGAGAGGAGAUCCAUUCCAGAAAGAUUUAAGAAGAUGUCUUGUUAGCACUCGAUGACUAGAGGUGGGGGGAUGGAGGAGAUUUGGCUUGGGUAACUGGAUAGUGAUGCCUUUCACAAGAGAAGGUCCUAUAAGAAGGGCAGAUAUUAUAUGAAUAAAGUUCAGCCAAAAACAUGGAAUGGGAAUAAAGGGAUUUAAAUGUAUGUAUGUACACACAGUCUUAUCAUUUCAGGCAAGGAAGUCACGUAACAUUAUUUUGCAUUUGUUUUUGUAUAAUUGGGAGAAAAUGGAUGUCCUGGCCUACCAUAAAAGGAUAUUUAUGUACUAUUGGUUAGUAGAUAUGAAUGAGCAUGCUUUGGAAAUUAACAGAUAGAAAAAAUAUUUGUAUUAUAUUAUACAUUAUAUGUAUAUAAUUUUAUUUUUGAAAAGUUUUGAUUAUAGGUAAUGGUCACAUUAUUGGAGACUGCUAAUAUGUGACCUAAAAUCCUCCACAAAAGCUAACAUUAGUAAUAAUAAAUUGGCUUUUCUGUGACA